GCGUAGCCAGGGAGGAGAGAAGCAGAGGCGAUGGCUGCCGGCGCCGCGGAGCUGGAGCUCCCCUUCGUCCUGGACGAGCAGCUCACCAAGUGCAUGCGGCUGCGGGUGCAGAGCCUGCAGCAGAGGAGCGAGCGGCCGCAGGACGGCGAGAAGCUGCUGCGGCCCAACGAGUACAUCUCCCGCGUGGACUUCGUCCGCCAGCACAACCUGCGCUUCCUCCGCUGGAGGGUCCGGCUGGGGAAGCCCGGCAAGGUCACGGUGGUGGGCAUCUCCCAGCACUGGACCCCUGACCUCACCAACCUCAUGACCCGGCAGCUGCUGGAGCCGGCUGGCAUCUUCUGGAAGAAGCCAGAGCUCAAGGAGGUGGAGUACAACGAGGCGGACGCCCAGGAGUUCGGGGAAAGGCUCAGCGAGCUGGCCAAGAUCCGCAAGGUGAUGUACUUCCUGCUGGCCUUUGCCGAUGGCCUCGAACCGGCCCACCUCAAAUGCUCCAUCGUGUUCAAAGGCUGAUCCUGGGCAGCUCCCGGCACCUCCUUGCCCCCCGCCUGGGAUCUCUCCCUCCGUGUUUCUUUCUUUAUGCUUUGAUCAGUCACUUCUUUUUUUUUUUAUGAAAGGGACAGUGUCCCAUUGACAGGCAGCUGACCUUUAUCAUGUUGAGAUUAGCCAAGUAACAGUAAAA